AUGUCCAUGCUUUUGUGCUCGCUGCUUCUCGCACUCAUUCGAUUCACAUCCUCCCAGACGCUCUCGUCCAGCGAUGGCUAUACAGGCUACUCACUUAGUGUAACGGGCAACGACACGGACUCAGCAGUCUACGAGACCAACGAGACCGACACCUCGAACGGCGCUGUGUCCAAUGCCAGCACUCCGCCCGAUGUCUUCCUCAAUGCGAGUGUCUCGGUCGGCGAAAUCGACAUCACGUUGAAGAACUUGACGGCCAAAAUUAAUAUCGACGCCCAAGUGCUGUCUCUGCUGCAAUUCAAUGCUGGUGUCGAUCUGAGCAUCAAUGCUGUGCAGUUAACGAUCCAGAACGUGUCGGCGAGAGUUGAACUCGAGGCGCGACUGGAGAACCUGGUGCUGAUGAUCAACGAUACACUCAACUCCAUUGAUCUGAACCCUGUGAUUGCCACACUGGGGUGCGAUGUCGGCUCGCUGCUCAACAAUACCCUCGGCGGCAGCGGCACGAGCAGCAGCAGUCCCUCCACAUCAACGAGCGACCUGUCAGCUCGCUCGGUGCUCCUCGACCAAGGCAUCCUCUAUUCGGUCAACGACUACAGCGGCAACACGCACACAAAUCGGAUCCUCGACCAAGCUGGCAAUAUCGUUGACCAGAAAUUGCACAACAAUGGCUCCGCCUUCUCGUCCCAGGUGGUCGGCUCAUACUGGCACGACAUGACAUUCACAGGACACGAGCGGGCCGUCCUGUUCAAUGGUCAGAGUGCAAGGGAGUUGGAAUACUCGUACGCGCCAUUCAACGGAUUCAGUUCGAUCGCUGCUAUCUAUCAGGAUGCGGAAGGCAAUGUGCUGGGGUCGAGGGUGUUGAGUGAGAUUGAAGGCGGAGGAUCAAGUACGAUCGUGGAUGACUGA